GUGUGUGUGUGUGUGUGAUCGAGAGAGAGAGAGAGAGAAGUAACUGGGCAUGCUGAUUCAUCGGGUCAUUAGCCAUGCAAAGCGAAGGGCACUCCAAGAUAUAGAGACCGGGCGCGUUUAACAAAGACUGAGCUUACGAUCUUGGGUAGCCGGGCGCUCGAAAAAUCAGUCCGCGGGGGAAUCCCUGCCCUGCUUCAGUUGCAGCGCAGGUGCCGCUGCUGGCGCGACUGGCGGACAGAGAAGACCACGGCACCGGCGCAGAUACGGCGUAGGAGAUGGCGAGAAAUGUGCAAGCUAGUUAGUGAUCUGGCGCGAGAUACCUAGCCAGCAGGAGUUGGAGGGGAAAAAAACCUGCUGUUUCAUCAGAACGGCGCGCGCUGAACAGCGUGCGUAUACCCACCCUGCACGGCUGCGGUCAGGCGCUCUACCAGGACAGGUUGGCUGCCUUGUUUUCUGAAGAGGCCUGCUGGUUGACGGGGGGUUAGGGUGGUAUGACGACCACAAACAAGGGAAGUAAAGCCUUGAAGGUGAAGCGGGAGCCGGGGGAGAAUGGGACGAGCCUGACGGACGACGAGCUGGUGACCAUGUCGGUGCGGGAGCUGAACCAGCACCUGCGCGGGCUGUCCAAGGAGGAGAUCCUGCAGCUGAAGCAGCGGCGGCGCACGCUGAAGAACCGCGGCUACGCCGCCAGCUGCCGCGUCAAGCGCGUGACGCAGAAGGAGGAGCUGGAGAAGCAGAAGGCCGAGCUGCAGCAGGAGGUGGAGAAGCUGGCCACGGAGAACGCCAGCAUGAAGGUGGAGCUGGACGCGCUGCGCUCCAAGUACGAGGCGCUGCAGAGCUUCGCCCGGACUGUGGCCCGCAGCCCCGCCGUGGCCCCCGCCCGCGGCCCCAUCGCCUCCGUCAUCGGGCCCCUCAUCCCCGGCAAGGUGGCCGCCACCAGCGUCAUCACCAUCGUCAAGUCCAAAACCGACGCCAGGUCUUAGUAUCGGGAGGGAAGGAGGGAGAA